GCUUCUUCAUGUGCCUAGCAACAACCACCACUGCUCAGAUAACCAACAGAAGAAAUGGAUGGAAGUAGAGUUGGAUGGUUCUCUCUGGCUAUUAGACUUGCUUACCGCCCUGAGAGAUAGCAUCCAACAAAUAAAAGAGCAUAUUAGGGGCCACGAAAUGGCCCUUAGAAGACGAGGAGAAGAAGUGACUAAGAUAGACAUGCACACUAACAUCCUUCCUGACAAAAAGUUGCGGAAGAAUAUUCAAAGUUGCUUUAGAGCACUGAACCAUAUUGAUGAUAAAGAUACCUUCAGCUACAUCGGAGAUGAGGAAUUUGAUUCUUUGAAGGUGUUCAAAAUUUUGAAGGAAGCGAGAGAGCUCACCGUUUCUCUUCUUCAGUCAGUCUUUAACUUCUCAUCCAUGCCGAGGCCAAAGACAAAAGUCAGCAGAUGGUCACUUACUUCAAACGCAUUGCACAAGAGGAAAGUAGCAUGCAAGGAUGAUAGCGAAGAUGUUGAAGCUAAUGAUGGAGGUGUGCCGAAGAUUCAAUUAAAAUUGCAGAUGUUUCAGAACAACAUUGAACAUAUUGAAGAAGGAUUAUAUUUCUUGUAUAGAAGAAUAAUCCGAAACAGAGUUGCAGUUCUUAACUUCUUCAGUUUGUAAUGGCUUAUUGGCCACUUACCCUUAUUAGCAUUCAAGUUUUAGAGGAAUUGCUAAUAUUUGUACCUUCUACCAAUUUUGUAUGCUAUAUAUAUAAGUGUUUGAUUAACAAUCUCCUCUCUUCUAAUUUUUCCAAGUCUUGCAAAUUUUCCUAUUUUCCUGUGCUUUAGAAAUGGUAAAAUCCAAUGUUCACAAAUCGAGAUCUUACCUAGGAACAAAAAAAGGCCCACAUGUUCAGAUAGUAGGGAUGAAGCAUAGAAUUGUUAGAACCUAAAACAAAAAUUAAAAUAGCUUUUGGGUUUCUAUUAGACAUUUAAUUUAUCAUAUACAACCUUCAAUAUAUAUUAUUAAAUCAAGUUGUAAUUUGUAGGCUUUCCAUCAUCAAUAGAAACCUAGAAGUGGAAAGUAGAAUCCAUUGAAAGUUUCAUCUAUUGUUGAGACUACACCAUGCUGGAAGCGACUCACUUUUAUUCUCAUCUCAUUGGGAUUAGAUACAUAGAUGGGAAAUCUCUAUAGAUAGUAGUAGUUCAAUAAACUCUCCAACUAGUAUAGGAUAAUUGAGUUAGUCCUAUUAUGCCGAUGCCACUCCAAGUCAUAAUCGAGUGGAUUCACAUCCUAAACCUCUCCUGGUUCUGUGCUACUUUCCCUUUUUUGGCUUUUACUUUCAACAGAAUGUGCUUUAUUUUGUAAGCCCAGUUAAUUGAUUUCUUGCCCGGAGAUAAGAGGGCAAGUUAUCAUGUAUCGGAGACUUAAACAGAAUGUCCUACAACGCUAGUAGUUCAUUCUGCACAACAUGCCCACAUUUAGGGACUUGAGGCCGGAGACUUAAAAUCAAGAUCAAAUAUAUUUUGUUAAACAGAAUUCUGUUCAAAUAGAGCCAUACCCAAUUCUUGCUUUGGCCAUACUGCGAUAAUAAUGCUCCCACAAUGUCUGCGAUUUCAUCUUUUGAUUUUCUUUGACAUGAUUAAUCAUUUGAUGUAUUAUUGAUGCUAGCUUUCUCUUUCUACCUCUCUGGAGAUCUGGUGCAGCUCAGAACUAAAACAACUCACAAACAUUGGAAUCCACUCUGCAUAAAGAUUUAAUCUAUCCAACCUACAACCAUGCAUCUGAUAAGAAAAUUGAGGACUGAUUCAAGCACAUGCAUCAGAAACUAAAUAGAAUUAAGAGGCCAGAAAUGAGCUUGUCCAGCUCAGAUAUUAAUCUAUGAUGUAUAUUGAUCUUCAGCUAGAAAUUGUGACCUAACAAGUAGACAGAAUCUAAAAACUCGUGUAUGUUAUAUUAGCAUUAAAGAGCACAAUAAUCAUCCUCACAAAUGUUGGAACCUAACUUGCUUAGCAUUGUUGUCUAUACUCAGGACAUAAUCAUGUGUAAAAAUUAAAAAAGAUAAUAACUGUAAUCUAAUGCAUGCAUGUGGAACUCAGCUGUAUUUAAGAAAUGAAAAAUGAUUCGUCCUGCUAUGAGAAGAGGUUGCCAGAUACAAAUUGCAUUGCAUAUUUCACAUGUUAUCUUCAGGUUAUCUGUAAAUAUUCCAGUUGUCUCCAUCGUGUUGCAGGAUACUUGAUCUAUAAGUAGAGGAAGCUCCAGGCUCCACAAGUCACACAUUUUCCCAUCAAAUUCUCUUUGGUUCUCUGCUUUCCAACAUCAUAUAGUAAUGGCUGCAAGUCAGCCUUUCCAUGUCCGAUCCAUCAGUCUACCA